AUGUACGCCAGUGUGGGCCCCAUGCGUGUGUUUGAGUUGCGCGCCAGGCCCUGGAGGAAGGCCCGCUCUGGUGCCAAGGCGGCAGAAUCUUGUCUCGUUUCGAAGAAAGUGGGAAGGUGCCGGGCCUCCAUCCCAAGGUGGUGGUACAAUGCCACCGAGGGAACCUGCCAGCAGUUCGUGUAUGGAGGCUGUGACGGGAAUGGCAACAACUACAUGACCAAGGAGCAGUGUCUCAAGAAAUGCGUUGGUGUCACAGGGAAGCCCGUGGAGGAGCUGGCUGCCGGCGGGGAAGGAGCCGACGCCUCCGUCCCCAAUGUUCCCAGGCGGCAGGGUUCUGAUGACCUUUCCAGCGAGAUUUUCAACUACGAAGAGUCCUGCGCUGCCAAGGCGCUCACGGGGCCUUGCCGGGCAGCCUUCCAGCGCUGGUACUUUGAUGCCGAGAAGAACUCCUGUGACAGAUUCAUCUACGGAGGGUGCCGGGGCAAUAAAAACAGCUACCUCUCGGAAGAGGAGUGCAUGCAGCGCUGCUCUGACAAGCAGUUGUAUCCUGUCCUGCCCCAGGGCACUAAAGUGGUGGUCCUGGCAGGGCUGUGCGCGAUGGUGCUGAUCCUCCUGCUGGGCGCCUCCGUGGUCUGCCUGAUCAGGGUGGCCCGAAGGAACCAGGAGCGUGCCCUCCACACCGUCUGGACCUCCGAGGACGACAAGGAGCACCUGGUGAAGAACAGCUACGUCCUGUGACCGCCCCGCCCUGAGGGACGGGGACAGCUUCGAGCGCGUGUGCUUAGGCAGUAGUGACUGAUCUGUGCUGUGCGAUCACUCGGGCUUGUGGUCUGUUUGCUACUCCUGAGGUGAGAGGCUUGCUGCUUCCUGGGGCAGGUUCACUCGGGCUUUCCGAGAGCUGCCCUGUGGUGGCAUCGGGGCCUAGCCCAGGCCAGAGGCGUCUCCCUGCCCCCUUCUCUCUGCUGCAGGUAGUUUUCUUUGCUUGUGCUGAGGCUGUUGCCUCCUUUCCUAUCACAGAAUUGAUGUUCCCGUAGUCUGUUGUUUGAUUGAUUUGUGGGGUUUUUUAAAGUUAGGUAGGAAUAAGCAUUUUUUUAUUAGAUUCUGAAAAGAAUAAAAUACACAUUUAAUAAAAAGGGCCUUCCUUUUUAAAAUAAAU